UUUUGGCGGGGCACUUUUCCAACAGUGAUCUUCUUGGUCGCGUUAGGCGAUAGCCGCCCGAAAAAACGUUUGGUAAACGGUCAAGUGUGAGUGACGAUGGGCACGGAAGACCCGAAUACUCUUUCGUCUGUUGAGUUUGAGGUCUAUGGGCAAGUUCAAGGCUGCUACUUCACGAAAUACUGCAAGGAACUAGCUGAGCAGCUAAAUAUCGGUGGAUGGGUGAAAAACACCAAGAAAGGAACGAUUGUUGGCAAAAUACAGGGCACUAAAGUAUCCAUGGAUCACAUGGUCGACUGGCUCAGCACCACGGGCUCGCCGGGUUGCAAAAUUGAGAAAUGCGACCUCACCAACUGGGAGUACCUCGUAAGACCUGACUAUAGGGAUUUUAGCAUACGUUUCUAAACAUAUAUAUUACGAUAAGUAAAAGGUAUAUAUUAUUUUCUAUACCCGAAAUUUUAAAAACAAAAUCUGUAUCAUUGCUUGUCUAACAAGUUUUCUCUCCAAAGUUAGAGCUCCAGAGGCUAGAGCGAUCAAAGUGAAAUUUCUAAUUAUCCUGUGAGCUAAAAUUUAGCAAAUUAAUCAAAUUGAAUUCGCAUCGAAUAUAUUUGAAUGAAUGAAUGACAAUUUAUUUCAAUAAUCCAUAACUUUAGAAUAUAUAGAUAGAAUGUCUCCAUACAAAUGCUUCGAGAACAGCGGGUCAACUUUUUCGUACAAUUUUGCGUGAUAAAUAGUUAUCAGUGAUUCCUUUAUAACUUCUAUAUUUAUUUUGUCUUAUAAAUUCUGCACCUUUUUAAUGUGUAAAAACUCAUUUAUUAAAUAAUUAAAAAUAGAUACGUCAAGGUACAUUGUGUACGUAAGUAUAUAGAACACUGAUAAAAUACGAGUCAGCUAAUUUGAAAAUUAGCUGACAAAAAGUUGACCUAUUUUUGAGGCUUGAUGCUCUAUCUAUAUAAUCUAAGUCCAUAAUCUAUACACCAACAGCAUUCAGAAAGUAAUAGGCGAGAAAUAUAAGUCGCUUAUAAUUAGGCAUUUCAUUCAGAUGUUGAUCUAGUCGGCUAGGUCACAUUUGAGUGAAUUGCUUUAGUUUAAUGUAUACUUUUUUGUUUUUACUAACAUAUUUUAUAAGGAAAUUGUUGUCAACAAAAUGAACUAAAAUUGUAGUCUGAAAAUAAAAAAAAAAUAUUAUUAUUAUUUUUACUUCUUUAUUCUCGAAAUAUACGUUUCAGUUUUAACAACUUAAACUUACGGGUUUGUUACACCAAGUCUAAGAGAUUCUGUAAAUUAAUAAUUGGGAGUAUCUUCUUGUAGGAAUUUGCGCACGAUACGACUUUUUGCAUUGUGAUGUAUGUAUUUUGUGGUAUUAUUAUUAUUAUACAUAUACUUAGGGUACAAGUAGUAACAACUUUAUAUAACAAAGUAAAACGUUUACAAAAAUAUCAUAACAAUGACUAGUUGAAUUUCAAUCACACUAACCGAAAUGCAACUAGUCUUUGAAACUAAAAUGAAAAAGAAUGCCAAUUCAGCUUAAAAUUUCUGCAGAAGCAGCAACACUGAUUUUCAAAUAGCAUCUUAUCACCUUGCCUAGUCCAUCAAGAUCAAAAAGUUACAUUUUGGGUACCAUAAUACAGUAAGGUCAAAUAAAUAUAUGCAAAAGAAUGAAAAUAGAAAAAAAUAACGAGAAACGAGACUUUACCUUAUAUUUGUCGUUUAUUUGUCGUGAUUUCUAUUUAAUCCUAAUUUGAUUAUGUCACAUUUCGCCUUGCUAGUAUUUUCCCUCUAAAUUUCAACGUUCUGGAAAAAAUG